AUGGCGACACAAUACACCACCGAUAUCCCUUUCUCGUCAAGUCACACCCAACAAGCAUUCAAGCUCCUCGAACUCCCGCCCGAGCUGCUUGCCCUCCUAGAAUCAGAAGAUCCCCCCACACUCACCAUCACCUCGUCCCCGGCGACAGCUACAACACCCGGCUACGCGAUGCUAUGCCACGGCACGAAGCAAUACCAGAUGCGGCAGAAGAAUACCUCGAAUCCAAUCCUCAUAUUGCAGCCUUCUUCAACGGGGCCUACGCAGGCAGAUGAUGCUGUGACGUUUAUACCACAACCAAGUUUGACGGCUGUGUCGAAGAUUGAGGAUACUAUUGAGUUGAUACUGCAGGACGAGGGCAAGAAGAAAGAAGUUAAGGUUAACAAAUGGCACGAGAAGUUUGCGAAGAGUAGAUUGGAGAAGAAAUGA